AUGCCCACAAGAAAGAUCAGCUCUGCUGAAGGGGUGGCAAAGGAGCCCAAGAGGAAAUUGGUGAGGUUCUCAACCAAACCUGCACCUGCAAACGUGGAAAAGAAGCCAAAAAAGGAGGAAGGAAAGGAUACUCUUCAGACAAAAAAAAAAAAAAAAAGGAAAAGGAAAGCAAAGGGUAAACAGGCUGAAGUGGCUAACCAAGAAACAAAAAGAGACUUACCUACAGAAAAUGGAAAAUCUAAAAAUGGGAGUCUAGCCUUUGAUGAAGCAGGAGAGAAAGAAGCCAAGUCUGGUGGACAGAAUAAGACAGGCAAAUGUAAGAAAGUGAGGAAGGCAAGGAAUGAAACUCAGCCAGUUGAUUCCGGAGCCAGCAAAACUCUUAGAAACUACGCGUUGGUGCGCAUAGCUCCAGCGACACAUGCUAGAGCAGUUUAUGUUCCCACUGGUAUUAGAGUUUUAGUUGAUCCUUUACCUCGCCUUUGGGUGUAUGAGCGGUCUGUAGGCGCGACAGUCCACCUACCGCGCACGUAG